AUGAGGAAGAUGCCCACAGUCCAGCAGAUCCGGAUGAAGAUGUGUCCUUGGUGGGCGAUGAGGACGAGGCAGGCUGCGGUGGCGUACAGGCAGUGGCCGACGAUGGUGAGCGCGAGCACGAGGCAGGCGAGGGCGCGGCGGACCCAGCGACGGCGGCAAAGGAGGCGCAGCGCCAGCACCGCCCAGGCCGCCAGGACCGGGACUCAGGACAACAUCCCGAGGCAGACGGCGUUCACCACGGCUUUGUCCGCGUCCGUCAGGUGGUCACAAGGCAGAAAGGAGAAUUGUGGCAGGGGAAAUUCAGAACGCAUGCAGGGAGAAGGGUAG